AUGAUAGACACAUCUACCAUCCUUGCUUGGCUUAUUGAUGAAGGUUAUGAGGUCAUUGCCUACAUGGCUAAUGUCGGUCAAGAGGAAGACUUUGAUGCCGUGCGCGAGAAGGCGCUCAAGUGCGGAGCCAAGGACUUUAUUCUUGACGACAUGCGCCGUGAAUUUGUGGAAGAGCUGAUUUUCCCCGCCAUCCAGGCGAAUGCUAUCUACGAGGACGUGUACCUGCUGGGCACGUCGCUGGCCCGACCAGUCAUUGCGCGCGGCAUGAUGGAGACGGCCGCGAAAAUGCAGUGUGCGUACGUGUCUCAUGGAUGCACGGGCAAGGGAAACGACCAGGUCCGCUUUGAGCUUGCUUUCUAUGGUCUGAACCCCGAUAUCAAGGUGAUAGCGCCGUGGCGGAUUCCCAAGUUCUACCAGCGCUUUGCCGGCCGCAGUGACUUGUUGGAGUAUGCGGCUUCGAAGGGAAUCCCCGUCGCGCAGACCAAGGCGAAGCCUUGGUCUACUGACGAGAAUCUAUUCCAUAUCUCGUACGAGGCGGGUAUUCUUGAGGACCCCAACACGACGCCGCCUGAGGACAUGUGGAAGUUGACACAGUCGCCCCAGAACGCGCCAAAUGAGCCUGAGAAGAUCACUCUCGAUUUUACCAAGGGUAUUCCGACCAAGCUGACGCUCACAUCAUCGGGUCAGUCGUUCACCGACUCGGUGGACCUGUUCCUGCAGCUGAAUGCACUCGCGCGCAAGCACGGCAUUGGCCGCGUCGACAUCGUGGAGAACCGUUUCAUUGGCGUCAAGUCGCGUGGCUGCUACGAAUCGCCCGGUGCCACGAUCCUCCGUGCCGCUCACAUUGACCUCGAGGGUCUCACGCUCGACCGUGAGGUGCGCCGCAUUCGUGAUCAGAUUGUGACGACCAAGCUGUCAGAAAUCCUGUACUACGGCUUCUUCUUUAGCCCUGAGAGCCAGUAUGUCCGUGGCUGCAUCCCCCCUAGCCAGCUGACGGUGAAUGGCACGGUCAAGCUGAGCCUGUACAAGGGCAACGUCGUCAUUGAGGGCCGCAGCUCCGAAGAAAUGUUGUACGACGAAAAGUUCUCCUCGAUGGAUGAGCUGGGUGGCUUUGAACCCGAGGAGACGUCUGGCUUUAUUUCCGUGCAGUCGAUCCGCCUCAAGCGCUUCGGGCUGGGCCAGGCACAUAAGGGCCUGGCGGGCGUCGACAAGGCCAAGGCGUACGCGCUGCCCAAGUAG